CAUAUGAAUCAUAUGAACUACAAUUGAGUCUUCGACUGAAAAAAACCUACAAGGCGCAUCGCAUACGCAGGAAAACGAGCAAUGAUCGAAAUGAAAGCGGGCAAGGAGAACGAUUACGUGUUCAAUUUCACGCUGUCCAAAUACGUGGGCUUGUAUCAAGUACUGCACCCCAACACCAAGACGCUGUUCGGUUACAACAUGUAUCACAUCGUGAUCGUGUUCUUCGGGUUGUUGACGCUCAGCGUGUGCCUGUUGUUCCCGAUCGGUCUGUACCAUCUGAUGAACGACGUGACCGCGUUCAUCCUGUACAUCGGGUGCAUCGAUAACUUCGUGUUCUCCUGUUGCAAGGUGAUCAAUAUUCUGUACUACAUCGAGGACAUAUGGAAGUGCAUCGACGUCACCGGUUUCGGGUUCAUGAAGUACAAGCACUACGACGUGAACGUUUUCAAAAAAUGGCGGCGGCUGUGCGUGCAGAUCACGUACAUAUGCUCGUCGUUGACGUUCUUCGCGCUGAUCUGCUGGAACUCGAGCCCGCUGAUACUGAACAACACCAAGAUCAGGAUACGGAACCUGGAUGGGUCGUACAAUACGUACCGGCUGAACGUGUUCAACGUGUACAUCAUGGCAUCCGAGGAGACGUACAACGAACACUUCUACGUGUACUUCUUCAUUGAGACGAUAAUCGGCAUUUGCUUCACGUACUUCACCGUGAUAUUCGACAUAUUCAUGAUAACCAUGUGCUUCGCGCUCACUUGCCAACUGGAAACGGUUUGCCACGCCAUCCAGUCGUUGGGCUACGGACGUGCGAUGGACCGCCGUUCGAGUACCAAUGGUUUAACGACGUCAGAGAAGAAACGUAAAGUUAACGAUGACCUAAAACAGAUACUUUCAGACCACAAAAAUAUCUUAACAAAAAUGAAUGACUAUUAUAAGAUUGUCCGAACAAUCACGUUAUCACAAAUUUUCGUGGCGGCAAGUUCACAUGUUUUUAUUUGGUUUAUUGCUGCAAUGAGUUUUGAUGAAGGUGAUACUAGAGAUUCAAUACUUUCAAUAAAGCUGUUCAUUGUACUUCCAGUAUUCACUUUUCAGUUAUAUGUGACUUGUGUUUUGUUUGGAACAAUCAAUGAAAAAAAAGAUGCAAUCAUUUUUGCUUUGUAUAGCAGUAAUUGGAUGGAUAUGAAUAUGGAAAGUAGAAAACUAAUUGUGUGUGCUAUGAAUAUGAACAAUGCCAAUCAGCUGAAACUGAAAUUUACAGACACUAAGAUCGUCAAUCUGGAAAUGUUUUCUCAUACGAUGCGUCUAUGUUAUUCGAUUUUCUCAAUGUUAAUAAACCACAAUAAAAGCAAACAUAAAUAAAAAUGUUAUUUUUUUUGUUAACAAA